CCCCCCGACCGACGACUCCGACCCACCCGCCUCCUCCUACCCGGCAACCGCGUCGUCUCCCGGCGGCGCCCCAGGCCGUCCUCUUUUUUCUCUCAGGCCGUCAACUCCCACUCCAUCCCUCCCCGCCUUCCAAGUCGUCGCCUCCACCUCCAGCGGCCGAACCAUCCGGCGGUGCCUCCCUUCCUCGCCCCUUUUCUCCCUCCUCUCGCUGUCGCCACGGCCUCCCACCUCUGGUAUCUCUGGCAUCCAUACCGUGGCCUCACCAUCCAUCGGACAACCCAACACCACCGCUGGAGUCACCGGUUUCUUUCUCUUAUCCUAUCUCUCUCCCAAGCAUAUCGUUUAAGACGAGAUUUUGUUUUAGAUGCCACCUAUUUUUGUUUACAAAGGUUGACUCUGUUUCGUUUCAUGCGUCUAACUGUCCUCGAAGAUUAUUUUUUUCUACUCUCUUCGAUUUCGAUGCAUAAAACCUUAGAAAUGUGUUUCAAAUCUAGGAUUUUUACCCUAUCCCAUCAUGUCAGUUCGACAAAAGCAGCAUUUUGGGAAUCGUAUGUAAUCUAUAGUCCCAUUUCUGAUUCAUUGGCCCCCAAGAGUCUGUACAAAAAUGCGAUCUUCUUCUCGUCCGCUCCAUCUCUAAACCCUGACCUUAACCCUAACCCGAGCCCUCUUUUGGGUUCCUUGUUUGAGGAGGGGCGCGACUUUGAUGAUCCAUUGGCGAGGGAUGGACAUACUCAUGCAGCAAAAGAGGUUCCAAUGGGUAGUCUUGGUGAUCCUGGAGAAUUUGGUAAAGAAUCUAGUCCUGCUAGAGACCCUAAUAGUGAACUCAAACCAGAUUCUGGCUGCCGUUUUGGAGCAUUUGAUGAUUUUGAUGGUGAGGGGGAUGAAGAUGGGGAAUCCGAUGACCAAAUGGAGGGUGGAGAUGGGAAUGAUGAUGAUGACUUUAGGGUUUUAGAUAUAUUCGAUGGGAAUGCUGAUCUGAAGGAAGAAAGCAAGGGCUUUGAACAGGAAGAGAAAGAUGAAUCAAGACACCCUCUGGUUAGAGAGGUAUGUAGGUUGAUUGGACUCCGGCAUUCUUGGAACCCGAAGCUUGAAGGGGAGCUAAGACAUCUGCUAAGAAGCCUUAAACCCUCACAGGUCAGUGCUGUCCUCCACUCUCAGCCUGAUCAGCGCAUUGCUGUGAGCUUCUUCUCCUGGGCUGAUCGGCAAUGGCGAUACCGACAUGCCCCAGAGGUCUACUAUACCAUGCUCGAGAUCCUCAGCAAGACAAAGCUGUGCCAGGCAUCAAGGCGGAUACUAAGGCUGAUGAUCCGCCGAGGGAUUAGUCGGCAACCUGAGGCAUUUGCAUACUUGAUGGUCUCAUAUAGCCGUGCUGGCAAGUUGAGGAGUGCAAUGAGGGUCUUGAAUUUGAUGCAGAAAGAUGGGUGUGGGCCAGAUCUUUCUAUCUGCAAUACUGCAAUCCAUGUGCUCGUUAUGGCUAAUCGGUUAGAGAAAGCUUUGAGGUUCCUGGAUCGAAUGCAGCGUGUUGGUAUCACCCCUAAUGUCAUAACAUAUAAUUGCUUGAUAAAGGGUUUUUGUGAUGCUCACCGGGUUGAAGAUGCGCUUAAGAUGAUCCAAGAAAUGCCUCUUAAGGGUUGCUUGCCAGACAAGAUCAGCUACUACACAGUGAUAAGCUUCUUAUGCAAGGAGAAAAUGGUUGGAGAGGUUAGAGAAUUGAUAAAGAAGAUGAAAACAGAUGCUAAUUUGCUCCCAGAUCAAGUUACCUACAAUACAUUGAUCCAUGUACUUGCAAAGCAUGGGCAUGCAGAUGAGGCUCUGGAAUUCCUGAGGGAAUCCGAAGAGAAGGGUUUUCGUGUUGACAAGGUUGGCUUCAGUGCCAUUGUGCAUUCUUUUUGUUGUGAUGGGAGGAUGGAGGAGGCGAAAGGGAUAGUGAAUGAGAUGUUUAGAAAGGAGUGUUUUCCUGAUGUCGUAACUUACAGCGCAGUUGUCAAUGGAUUUUGCCGGAUAGGGAAGAUAGAUCAAGCUAGAAUGAUGCUGAAGCAUAUGUUUAAGCAUGGUUGCAAGCCCAACACUGUCACAUACACUGCAUUGUUAAAUGGGUUGUGCAAAAUUGGAAACUCAUUGGAGGCCUGGGAAAUGCUUAAUAAGAGCGAGGAAGAGUGGUGGACGCCAAACAGUACUACAUACAGUGUUGUCAUGCAUGGACUCAGGAGGGAGGGAAAGUUAAAAGAGGCUUGUGAUUUAGUCAUGCAGAUGUUACAUAAUGGUUUUUUUCCCACCCCGGUUGAGAUUAACCUAUUGAUUCAUGCACUCUGCAGGGAGGGCAAAGCAGGUGAGGCAAAGAAGUUCAUGGAGGAGUGUCAGAGAAAGGGUUGCACAGUUAAUGUGGUGAAUUUUACCACUAUAAUUCAUGGAUUUUGCCGGGAGGAUGAUUUGGAGUCUGCACUCUCUUUACUAGAUGACAUGUAUUUGAGUAACAGGCAUCCUGAUGUAGUAACUUAUACAGUUGUGGUGGAUGCUUUGGGAAGGAAGGGAAGAUUUGAAGAAGCAACAGAACUCAUAAAAAAGAUGCUCCACAGGGGUUUGGUUCCUACACCAGUUACUUAUAGGACAGUUAUCCAUAGGUAUUGCGCAAAAGGUAGAGUAGAAGAGUUACUCAAGUUGCUAGAGAAAAUGCUAGUGAGGCAGGAGUUUAGAACGGCAUACAAUCAGGUCAUUGAGAAACUUUGUGGAUUUGAUAGACUUGAUGAGGCUUACAAAGUCUUAGGAAAGGUUUUGAGGACAGCCUCAAAUGCAGAUGCUGUGUCAUGCCAUAUUUUGAUGGAUAGUUAUCUGACUAAAGGCCUUCCUUUGCAGUCGUACAAAGUAGCAUGUCGAAUGUUCCAUAGAAAUUUGAUUCCUGAUGUGCAUUUGUGUCAGAAAGUGAGCAACAAGCUGGUCUCAUUGGGACAUUCAGAUGAGGGUGGAAGACUUAUGAUUAAGUUUGUUGAGAGAGGACUUAUGUUGCCUCAGCAUCAGUAGAUUUGCUGUGCGAUAUGAAAGCCUAGGAGGGUUGUUAUUCUGACAUGAGAAUGUACAGGAUGCUGGGAGAACUAUUACUGAGAAAUUUCAUGGGUAGAAUUCAGCCGCAUGACUUCAAUGACUUGAAUUUGCAUAAAGAGACAGCUUGGAGUUUAUUAUUAUUCAUGCUGUGACAGGCAGCGUCUGCUGAGACAGAUCAGACCCAGGCAUUUCAAUCUUCUGUUUUAAGGGUGCAGACUGCUUCUGGAUCUCUCUAUGCAUUGUUGUCACCCUUCCUGUCUGCUGGGUGCUGAUGUAACAGUUUUGGUUCUGACAAAUAGUAGGAUUGUGUUCUUGUGCCUUUAAGCAUAUUCGUUGUGACUUGUGUGUUGAUGAUUCAGCAAAAGUGGCUAUUCUUAUUGAAGCACUGGUUUUGAUGUGCUCUUGACUUUUCUAAGGGAAUAUCUUCUUCUCUUGGAUGCUCUAAGAUGAUUCACUACUGCAGCUUAAUGGAAGAGAGCGUGAAUUAAAAUCAGUUUGGCCUGCAAGGGUGUUAUCGAUGAUGUUCAGGCAUCUUCUCUACAGCUUCAUUUAGGUUGGGAAUUCUGAAUACAAAGUCUGCUAGGCAUUACAAGCGUGCUAGUUGAUCCCCCUUUGAAGCCAUGCAGAUUUGGUCAACAAGUCCGUGGUUCCUGGUUGAGCUGAAUGCAUAUUCAACCAUAGAAUAUAUGCACUUAAUUUUUUACCUUUAUCUCAUUGUAAAGCAUAUGACUCAGCAUUAUGGUUGAGAAAGAUGUGGGAGCUCCACCUAGGAUUUUCAUAAAAAGCAACUGCAUUGUCAAUGGUAUUUUCUCUUGGUUAAAUUAUAUGCCAGACUACAUUACUCAGUCAACCAUUAAAUAAUCACUUAUUUGCUGUGGUAGAUAUGAUCCAACUUAUUGUUUAUGAUUCUUGAACAUUUAGUUGUUUUACCAUAAACUAUCUCAACUGUUUGUCUUUAUUUUCCUUCAUGGCUGCAUCUAGAUCAAAGAGAAUCAUUUCUUCUAUUUCUACUAAUAUUUCACUUAAGCAUGCUUUCAUUGUUUGUAUUAGUAUGUCUGCUAACUUAAGGAAGAUAUCUCACAUUUUCUGUGCAUUUCUAGGAGUAAAGGGCAUAAGCAUUUCCAUGAUUUUGAAUAACCUUUGUAGAGUGGAUAAAAUUUGUUUAGCUUGCCAGUCUUUUGAUUCAAAAGAGUUCCAUGCUAUGCCAUUUUAAGUACAUGAAGAGGAUUCCAUCUAUUGUUUUUCCAUAACUAUCGAAGUUCUAAUAUACGUAUGAAGACUUGUUGAUGUGUCUAUUACCUUUGUGUGGAUUAGUAGGCAUUGGGCUUCACAGAAUCAUUUUUUUGGGGUUCACAUGGCAUACGUGACAUCAGAUAUCAGAUUGAUCAAGAGCGGAACUCUCCGGCUGAGGUCCCAAAGCUAGCAUCAGCUGCUGAAUACUUUUUCAAAAUGGGUGUUGAAGGAAAAAGAUUCCGUCCCACAGUCUUGUUGUUGAUGACAUCAGCUUUGAAUAUGCCCCUACCACAUUCAGUUGCCGAUGGUGUGUUUCAUACCUUACCAAAUGAAUUGCAUUCAAGACAACAGUGAAUUGCAGAAAUUACUGAAAUGAUUCAUGCCAAAAUUUGUUUUCUGCUGUCAUUAAUGAGCUUCUUCCCAUUCAUUGUGCUAGGUGGCUAGCCUUCUUCGUGAUGACGUCUUGGAUGACACAGAAACAAGGCAUGGUGUUGGUUCAUUGAAUUUUGUUAUGGGAAACAAGGGAACUGUAACAGCUUCCAUAUUAUUUGCAAUAGAAGAGUGCACUCAGCUGCGUGAGCUUUGUAGAACGAGGCUUUGACAACCCUGACGAUGUUGAUGCUGCUCUCGACCACCUUGGGAAGAGUCGGGGAAUCCAGAGAACAAAGGAACUAGGUCAAGAGCAUGCAAACCGUGCUGUGAAAGCAAUCGAAGCUCUUCCUUACAGUGAUGAUGAGGAUAUCCAGAUGUCAAGGCGUGCUCUCGUGGAUCUUACUUAUAGAGUCAUCACAAGAACAAAGUGAAAACACCCAUCUGCCGUGCUGAGAAAGCCCGACUGUCUUCACCUAUGUUCUGAAAAUCUGGAUUUAUUGUUGCCUUUGUUUCCUGUCAAAUCACUGCCCAUUCUAUUCAUACUUAUCCCUUGGCUCUGAA